UAAUUUAGCUAAAGUUCGCUAGUUAGUUAGCUAACGUUAACACCUGAGCUCUUAAUAGAUACAUAUUACUAAAGCCAUGUCCAACUUAUUCUCAUUCACAGACUCAAAACUCCUCCAAGUAAAAAUAAAUAAAUAAUGAGUCACGCAUCAUAAUAUUGAACAUUUAGUAGAACAAAACAGCCGGUGCCAUAUUCGGAUUAAAACUGCGCAUGCGUCAUCGAGAACGGCUUUAUUUAAACCGCGCAUGCGUCGUCCAGAACGGCUUUCUCCAAGCCUGCAGCCAACUGAGGGCGGGGGAGCAUGAAUGUGACCGAAACUCAGAGCUCCGAGAUCUCAGCGUAUUUUCCGGGAUUUGUACCGGCCUCAAGGCAGCCUAGAUGCACGGCGGAUGCUGAGAAAGGGACAUGUCCUACCAACUGGGACCCUGUGUGCGGGACUGACAAAGUAACUUAUAAGAACGAGUGUGAACUCUGUCGUGCCAACCUGCGGAAAACCUCUAAAGUCAGGAUCCGGUCCCGUUAUCAGUGUUGAUCUGAAAAUGGAAAGUAAUCUGCCCGCAACAGUUCAACUGAUUUCUCCUACAUUGUUUUAUGGAUGGGAAUGUAACGACUGUCGUGCAACACUUGCCCUACCUGCUUGCUCAUCUGCUUGGAGUCCAUGGGGAAGAAUCUAGAAGGCCAACUGCAUAGUCUGUAAUCUGGAGACUACUGCUUAUUCAUAAUCUGUACCCUGCCGCUUGAGUGUAUUCUGUACACCGCAUCAAUAAAGUAAUACAGCAUUCA